AUGUCAGAAGUCAUACCUUCUUUACCAGAUGCUCACCUUGUUCGCACUUACCCAAAAGACUAUGCUGGCACUGACACUGAGUCGGAAGGUGAAGCACAGUUUGAAUUAGACACAGAGGAUGAAGAACAAUACUCCAUCUCUACAAGACUACAACAAAAUCAACAACACAUGGACCAACAAAUCACACCACCUUCUGGAGAACACUCUACUUGGAUACUAGAACCUCAAACUUGGAAAACAACAGAAGGCACAGACGUUGUGCUUGUCAGAAAGCCAACAGCGUCAAACUUAUCACACCGCCUUUUAAAUCCAUUUAUCUACAGAAACAUUCAAAAUGUUGGUACUCUCGAUGCAUUGGCUGCCCUAUUGGACACUCCAAGUGACUGGGAAGAAAAAUAUAAUCAAAUUGCUCAAGACGGAUAUAUCAUUAGGAAGUUGAAUCGUUUCAGUGCAUUGCCAGAAGAUGCGUCAGAAAGCGAUAUCCAAUUUCAGUUUGCUGGCCUCGUUGAAGCUAUUGGUAGCCGUUUUGGUCUUGAUCUGAUCGCAAGCUCUGAGACCAAAAUCAUCGUGGGCGGUAUUCUUGCUAGAUAUGAAUAUGACAUCCGAGGCAAAUGCGACCCUCAUUUCCUCAACGAUAAUGGUGUUCAUCUCAUCGCAUCAGAAGCCAAAACGCAUCGGACAUUUGGACAAGGAGAAAUGUGGUAUCAUUCAUCCAGAGGCAUUCAAGUCAUUUCAGCACUAUACUCGUUCAACUGCCCAACAUUUUUAUUCACACAAAAGCAAUGGAAACUAUUUGUCGAAAACAAUGACCGGAAUGCUAUAUUGACUUUUCCGUAUGAUGAUGAUGCCGAACAUACUCCUCACGUCAAUUCCAGUUUGGUUCAACCAAUGGGAACAACAUUUUUAAAAGCCAUUGCCAUAUGUUUACUAUCAAAGCGAGAAUCGUUGGUUGAAUCUAUAAAAGCAAUAUCCAUGAAAGAAUCAUCACAAGUAGCGGAAACACCAACAAAAACCACUAUCAAGCCAAAGUAUUUCGAUACUACAGAAAAACCACAAAGACGAUCGGCGCGUUUACAAAAAUCUUCUGGUCCUAACUAUGGAACGAAGCAACCAUCAUUUGUAUCUGGUUAUAUUGAUGGGAAACCAUUAUAUACAACCGUUAGGGUUGUUCCACGGGAGGUAGUUUUAAUGAUUGAGGAUGAAAUUACUUUGCAAGAAAAGAUGGAGUUUAAACAACAAGCAAGUCAAGCGACUUUAUUUGAAUAAAAUGUAUUUUUAAU